AUGUCCAUCCCAUCACUCAGCCAGACAAAGCAGAGUCAGUUAUUCCAAUCUGCUUCGGAGCAACCAUUUUACAUCCACAUUGAGUACUUCUUCAUUGAUAAGAAAACAAAUGUUGCUUACUACAUGAUCCAAGUUGGUGUCUUAGUUGAAAACAAAGUCCUUGUUCACAACUUAACCAUGAGAUAUUCUCAAUUAGAAAAAUUAAACAGAAAGCUGCAUGAACAAUUUCCAAACAACAUUGAAUUCCCAGCUUUCCCACCAAAGAAGUAUCUCUUCAACACAAGCAUUGAUUUCUUACAGAAAAGAUACGAAGAUCUUGAUUCUUAUCUCUCAUCACUUUCAUUAAUACCUUGCAUCUUAGAUAGCGAUGAAUUCAGAAAGGCAUUCAACAUAUCAGUCAAUGCCAAAUAA